AAGUUAGCUAUAUCACAUUUCCCACUGAAUAAUAAUAAUACUAUAGUUACUACUAUACUACAUCUUUAUAUUUGUGUCAUUUGUACACACAAAAUUUCUAUCACACACAAUCAAUAUGGCUUCCUCAACAACCAUCACAUUUCUCUUCCUCCUUAUCUCUCUAUUUUCGACGAUACUAACUCCGUUCGCGGAGGCACAAACAAUGCCACCGAUGGCGACUACUAUAGAGUCGCCAUCGAUGUCGCCGGCCACAGCAGCCGGGCCGACGACAUCAGGUGGGAUGGAUUGUAUGACAGUGUUGUUAAACAUGUCAAGUUGUUUGACAUAUGUAGAACAAAGUAGCAAUUUGACUAAGCCAGAUAAAGAAUGCUGUCCUGCACUUGCUGGAUUAUUGGAUAGUAACCCUAUUUGUUUGUGUCAAUUGCUUGGUGAUCCUGAUAAAAUUGGUGUCCAAAUUGAUGUCAAUAGGGCACUAAAACUUCCUAAUAUUUGCAAAUUGGAUGCUCCACCAGUUAGCAGUUGUGCAGAAAUUGGUAUCCCAGUUGCAGCUCCAACAACAAGUGCUGAAGUUCCUGCUGGUUCACCUGGUACAACAAAUGGUGAAGUUUCAGCUCUUUCACCCGGAGGUUUUGCUUCAAGUCCUACUACAUCAUCAGACAAAAAUAAUGCAGCUUCAAUUAUGACAUUUUUCAAGAUGCAAUUGGUUCUUAGCUUGGGAAUUAUAUUUUUCACAACUAUUUACUGAGUCGAUGUUUGUUUAUGAGAGGCGCAUUCGUAUUCCCUUCUGAUUUGACCACAAAUUCUUGGAAUUAAUUCUUCGUAGAGACAUCAAUAAGUUAAAUUAUCUUAUUAAUUAGAAUUGAAUUAAUUUCUGUUUUGUAAUUCUCAUUAUCUUUAAUUUUCCACUUUCAAAUCAUUUGUUGAUUUGAGAAAUUCGAUUGAUAUUGAAUUUUUCUAGUAACAUGGAUGAUAUAAUUUGAAUAUUUUAAUUCUGUAAGGUGAUGUUUUACUAUGAUUUUUCUCUA